GGUUCGACUCCCAACCUCCAAGGCGUCAAGACUCCAGAUGAUGCUCCUACCCACUUUAAGUUGAAGCAUGCGCGGUAUCUGAACACUGGAUGGAUCGCUCGGUGUUGCUGACCAACGACUCUGCCACAAGCUUCUCGGCUUUGUGCUCUCUUCCCUCUUUCUCUCCUAUUGACCUUUCACAGCUUUUUGAUUGUUCUGUCUCUGUUGAUGCUUCUUUCUUCCGAGCAUCCCGACCUAACCUUCUGAUUCGAACAUGCUGCUCCGCCAGAUCUCACGAUCAAAAUGCUGUGACCAACCUCAUUGGAUCCAGCUCCAACCAUGGAAAAUCAACCCAAACCUGGUCAAUAAGAAGAGCAAGAAUAGCCCGGACCAGCUUCGUUCCCCAGCUGUUUUCGUCUAGCAGAAUAACUAGAUAUUGCGCCCCGGGGUUGGAAUUGCGGUUUAAUUUGGGGGGGCCAAGUACGUACUACACCUUGGCUUUUACCCAUACUAUCCGUGUUUUUCCGCGUAGGAACGUGAAGAGAACCACCAGCGCGGGCAUCAUCGAUCCUUUUACUCGAAUCUCAUCUAGACCACCUUACGGAGUACUCUUAGCGGUUGCAGCCUGUAAGUUAGUUAUGAGUAAGUUCACCUAGCUCCAUGAUUGGAGGCGGUGCUUGCCACACCAAAGCCAUUCUCAUCUCCGGUUGCGGCACCGUGGCCCGUCCGGAAAAGCUGGAGGAGUGUUGUUGUUCUGCUUCGUCACCGCCCAGUAAUUUGGCUUUGCCUUUUUUUUUUGCUCAUUGUUUGUUCAUACUAUGUAAAUUAUCCUCGCCGUCGGCUUAGGUUAGAGUUGAUCAACGAAUUUACAUAGUACCUUCGUGAGUGGAGGAUCGGAGAAGGUUU